UCUCUGUGGAGGGGUGUGGAUUGCUAUUGGUGCUGGGAGGCGGUUGCAGUGGAAGGCGGAGGAGCGUCCUGAAGCAGCGGGGUGCUCUUCAGCUGAGGAAGGGAGUGUGUGCUUGGGUGUACGAUGGGUUCCUCUCCAGUGGGUUUCAGGAAAAUCUCUUUCAUCAAUCUCUUAUCUUGAGGGAAGAACCAAAGAACCAAAUCUGACGUGUGGACUACCAACAGCGGUAAUUAACUCAUAUAACAUCAGUUCGAUAUCCAGUUGGAGCAUCACACAACCCAAAAGCCAUCCCUGAACAGUGUAUGAGGAACUUUGAUCUUACAAACUGAGGAUGACUCUUCAGAGAAGGACCUUUAAAAGUCCAUUUUGGCUUCUUCUUUUGCUGGGACUUCUGCAUUGGACUCGGGGCUCCCUGGUAAAGACUAAUCUUGGUCUAAAGGUGAAAAGAGGUCAGUCGGUUUUCCUGCAGGAAGGAGAUCUGCAGUUCCAUAUACCCAGAGAGAAGGAUGCCUGCAAACUGGAAGUAGUUUUGAAUGAGCCCAUUACACAGCGUGUCGGCACACUGUCCCCCCAGGUUUUUGACUGUCAUUAUUUAGUUGAUGAAGUGAAGUACACUCACAAUGGAUGUCCUAUUUUAAAAGAAGACACAGUCAAGCUUCGACUGUACAGGUUUUCUGAGACUGAGACCUACAGUGAAGUGUUCUCACUUCAUGUUGAGAUCAUGGAGCCUGACUGUAAUAUAAUAAAGUUGGGGCCUCAAACUCUACAGGUUCCUGAGUUCUAUGGCCUUUCCAAUGUGCUGGAUGGUAAUAUUGUAUCUUUUAACUACGAGCAUCGAUCCAACAUAGAGUGCACAGUUAGAGUGUUGACCCCUGAAUCUCAUCUACCUGGACAUGGUCAGCUGGUCACUGGGGAACCUGACAAGUUAGAGGGGCCAAGAGGAGAUGAGCCAGAUAGCUUUGUAUCUAUCCGGCAACAAUUAGAUAAUAAAGCCAGAGCCAACUGCAAAAGUGAAAGUUGUUUGAAAGGCCUGAAGUUGGUGAAGAUCACAAAAGUGUCCUGUGAAGAAUUCUUAAUGAUGGGCAUUCGCUAUCAGCACAUUACUCCUCCAUCCCCUGACAUUGAUUACAUUGCUAUCAGACUGGACCUUACAGACACCAGGAGCAGGAGCAUAUUCCAGUCUGAGCAAGCCUGGAUUCCUGUGACAAUUAAAGGUGCUGUCCCAAACCAGCUGCCCAAGCCAGCCUUUAUGUCCAUGUUCAUCCUGGAGGUGGACCAGUUCAUCCUGACUCCAUUCUCUACAGCCGCUCUGGAUGCAAUAGAUGCUGAGACUCCUAAGAACAGGCUGGUGUUCAAUAUAACCAAACCACCCAGCGAAGGCUUCAUCACACAUCUGUCUGACCACACAAAGCCCAUCUCGUCCUUCACCUGGACCGACCUCAACGACAUGCUCAUCAGCUACCAGCCCCCGAAUUCCAGCCAUACGCAACGCAGGAACUAUGAGGUAGAGUUUGAAGUCCAUGAUUUCUACUUUGAGAAGAGCCAGCCUGUGAUGGUACACAUGUCAGUCAGGACAGCAGACACCAACGCUCCAAGAGUGUCAUGGAAUAUGGGUCUUAGUCUUUUGGAAGGUCAAUCACGUCCCAUAACAUGGGAUCAGCUCCAGAUUGUGGAUAAUGAUGAUUUGAAGGCUGUGAGGAUCAUCACUGUGGACGGCUUACAGCAUGGAAGACUGACUCUCAGAGGUGGGAAAGGAUUCAUGUUCACUGUAAGUGACAUCAAGGCUGGAGUGGUGCGCUAUCAUCAUGAUGACAGUGACACCACCAAAGACUUCGUGAUCUUUCGGAUCACUGAUGGUCGCCACCAGACCAGACAUAAAUUCCCCAUCAACAUCCUCCCCAAGGACGACAGCCCACCUUUCCUCAUUACCAAUAUGGUGCUGGAGCUCUCUGAGGGACAGACAGCACUCCUGAGAGGGUCGAUACUGCAGGCCUCAGAUAUGGACUCCAGUGAUGAUUACAUCAUGUUCAACAUCACUAGGCCUCCUCAAGCAGGAGAGAUCAUGAAGAUGCCAGGUCCUGGAAUCACAGGCCAUCCUGUAACACGUUUCCUCCAAAAGGAUAUUUUCCAUUCCAUCAUCUACUACAGGCAUUUUGGGAAUGAAGUGUUUGAUGACUCUUUUGAAGUGGUUUUAUCUGACUUCCAUGAUCCACCAAAUCUCUCAGACCCUCAGAGCAUAGUGAUUCAAAUCCAGCCUGUUCCAGAUCAGCCACCCCAAGAGGUCCCAGGAUCCUCACGCUACCUGGUAGUCAAAGAAACAGAUGUGGUGUACCUGACCAAGCAGCAGCUGCACUUUGUUGAUCUGGAGUCUCCAGACUGUGAGCUUACCUAUACUGUCACCACUCCACCUCUCUUCAGCACCACCUAUGGAGGUGCUGAUGCAGGGAGGCUGUUCCUGGUUGACAGCAUCCCAAAAUUUACAAAGGAUCCCAAUGCCCCUGUGCUUAGACUUUUCACACAGCAUGCAGUCAACUACAUGAAGGUGGCCUACAUGCCCCCUAUCCAUGACAUCGGCCCUUACCCUCAGCACAUCGCGUUUGUGCUCUCUGUGACAAGCCAGCAUGGACGGACCACCACGGGAAUCUGUUUCAACAUCACAGUGCUGCCAGUAGACAACCAGACCCCAGAGGUACACAUAAACCAGCUAACAGUGGAUGAGGGAGGAGAAUGCUGGGUAAGCGUGGACCACCUGCAGCUGACUGAUAUGGACUCACUGGAGGACUCUCUACGUGUGGAGAUAAAAAGAAGGCCUCAACAUGGAGAGGUGUAUCUGGAUGGUGCCCCCUUGAGUCAAGGCCAGACUUUCACUGUUUGGGAUCUGAAAAACUUAAAAGUUAGAUAUCACCACGAUAGUUCAGAAUCAGAUCAAGAUAGUAUAGAAUGCAUAGCAACUGAUGGAGUGAAUUCGGUUGAGUUUGUUCUGCCUAUUAAGGUCACCCUAGUGAAUGAUGAAGUGCCAGUGGUGGUGGCAGAUUUGAAGCCUCUUCUGGAGUGUGCAGAGGGACAGGACGUUGUGAUCACUGCAGAGUAUAUCUAUGCAACAGAUGCUGAUAGUGACGACAGCAGGCUCACCUAUAUGAUUGCCCGUCAGCCUUUUUAUGGCGUAGUGCUGAGAAAUGGCAUCGUGGUAGACAGGUUUAUUCAAGAGGAUUUAAAGGCUGGGAUCAUCACCUACAAACACACAGGAGAGGAGAUUGGAUUGCUCCCUCGUCACGACACUAUCACGUUCGUGAUCUCUGAUGGACAAUCAGAUCUAGGUCCCUCCUGCUGCUAUGAGAAAACUCAAGGGUUUAAAGGAUCACCUCACCUUGAGGACUCCCUACCAGUCUAUGACCUCAACAUUACUGUUUAUCCCAUGGACAACCAACCUCCAUCUAUUACUAUUGAUGCAGUGUUUGGGGUGAAUGAAGGUGGCUCUGCUUCUGUCUCAUCGACUCAUUUAAAAGUGACUGAUCAGGACACACUUCUAGAGGACCUGCAGCUCAUUCUGAUCUCUCCACCACAGUUUGGCUACAUCGAAAACAUCCUGCCCACCCCAGGGUUUGAGAAGAGCAACAUGGGCAUCAGUAUCGCCUCGUUUUCCUACAGGGACGUGCUGAAUGGACACAUAAACUAUGUGCAGUCCAGACACCAACGGAUUGAACCCACUGCUGAUCAGUUCAUGCUGUGUGUCUCUGAUGGCAAACACCAGUCCUCUGCUAAACCCUUCUACAUCAUCAUCAAUCCAACUAAUGAUGAAACUCCAGACUUCUUGGCUAGGAACUUUACUGUCCGUGAGGGAGAUAUGAAAGAGUUGGAUCCUUCCAUUAUUAACGCCGUGGAUCUGGAUGUUCCCAGAGAUCGUUUAACCUUCAGCAUUGUUCAGCAGCCCCGGCAUGGUGCUAUCAUGGGUAGGCUGCAUGGUAAUGAAGUGGCCCAUUACAAAAGAUCUGCCCAAAAGCUUGGAACUGAGGUCUAUGUGCAAGACUUCACAAUGGAAGAUCUCAGAAAUGGAAUGGCUCUAAUGUAUAUGCAUGAUGACUCAGAGAGUGAGCUGGAUGGCUUCAUUAUUCAGCUCUCUGAUGGGAAGCACCAACUACAGAGACACAUGUUGGUGAAAGUGUUGCCUGUCAAUGACGAGGAGCCCCACAUUAUUCGGAAUACUGGGAUUGAGGUUGAAGCAGGAGAAUCUAGACUCAUUUCCAGUGCUGUCCUCAGUGCUCAUGAUAAUGAUACUCCUUCCAGUGCUAUUAUCUACGUGUUUGAGAGCAUUCCCACUCAUGGCCUACUUCAGAUCAAGGCAGGCCUGGACUGGGUGGAUGUAUCAGCAGGAAUGAACUGCUCUCAGGAGGAUCUGGAUAUGAACCUGCUGCGAUAUGUACACACUGCUCAGCCUGGAAGUCACACGCAAGACCAGUUCGUCUUCCGUCUACAAGAUGGACGGAACCGUUCCCCUGCACAGCACUUCCACAUCUCACUAAAGGAGCUGGGAAAAGGUGACAUAGCAUUGUUUGUAAAGCCACUGCGAGCCAGCCGUGGAGAACACAUUGUGAUCACCACUGAUGUCCUGCUGGCUGUGGAUGGUGCUGAUAAGCCAGAGGAGCUGCUGUAUGUAGUCACAGUGCCUCCAGCACACGGCCACGUGGAGUACAUUAAACACACUGGCUUUCCCAUCGACUCCUUCAGCCAGCUUGAUGUGGCAGCUAAUCUGGUGUGCUAUGUCCAUGACAACAGAGCUACGUCACCCAGAGAGACACUACAGUUUGUCAUCAGCAACGGAAAAUCCACACGUAAUGGUACUCUAGAGAUUUUGGUGGAGAUGACAGACAGGAUUCUGCCUACACUAGUUCAGAAAACUGAUCUACGUGUUCCUCAGGGUUCCACCAUCACCAUAACCCCUGAUAACCUUCAGCUGACGGACCCAGACACCCCUCCCCAUUCUCUGAUCUUCAGGCUGGUCCAGCCACCUCAGUAUGGUCAACUGAUAGUGAAAGGAGUCUCAAUAACUGCAGGAAGUAACUUUACCCAGCAGAACGUUCAGGAUCUGGAUGUGGCAUACAGGCACUCUGGUGGAGCUUCUCAGAUUGAUCGUUUUAUAUUCACUGCUGCUGACAGCACUGAUAGAGGCUUCCUGGUGGACGGGAAGGUGCAGAGGGAACCAGCAUUCUUCACCAUACAGAUUGAAACUUUAGACAGCUCUGCCCCCAGAGUGAUGGUACUGGAGACUCUGUGGAAAGUGGAGCUUCUUAAAGAUGGGCGUUAUGGAAUCUUUAUCUCAUCAAGAGAGCUGAAGGCUCAGGAUGCAAACUCUGCAGAUGAGGACCUCAUCUUCCAUAUACUUAGAGUACCUUUCUUUGGUUACUUGGAGAAUGCUACCAAUGGCGAGUUUGUGCGUCAGCGGUUCACUCAGAGGGAUCUGAACAGGAGGAAUAUUCUCUAUAUAAUAAACUCUGCUGUGGAGGCUUUGACUGACAGCCUGGAGUUUGCAGUCUCUGACCCACUGGGCAACACUGGAUCUGCUCACAAGUUGGAGUUCAGCUGGGCCAGAGUGGAGCUGACUAAGACAGAGCAUAGUGUGUGUGAAGGCCAAGGACCUCUGUCACUCACCAUUCAGAGGACGGGUAACAUGCAGGACUCUUCAUAUAUAACUGUUAAGGUAAAAGAAAUCACAGCAUCUGUUGGAAAGGACUUCAUGCCUGCUCCCUCAGCUUUGAUUCAGUUUGAUCCUGGCAUGAGCACUCGGCAAUGGAGGCUGGAGCUGUUGCAGGAUUCUCUGGAGGAGGCUGAGGAGGUGUUUGAGGUGACCGUGGAUUCUCCUGUUGGUUCUGUACUGGGAGGAAACAUCAAAGCCACCAUCACAAUUCUGGAUUCCAGAAAUGGGCAGUGUGGUGAGAAACCACCCCAAAGGGGAACAGCUCUUCAGGGUAAGGAGGUACCGUUAGGGCCCUACCCAAAACACGGCUCCAUCCAGCUGGAGACUUUACCCAUCACUCUGGGAGAUGUGGCGGUCAGUACCAGAGGUGAUGAUUUGCCUCAGAUUGUUCCUACCAUCUCUAAGAAAAGACUGAGAACUAAAGGGAAUGGAAAGAAUGUUCCGCCUUCUUCAGUCAUUCGAAGUGGAUCUGAGGUUGUUUACACUUAUAAUGGAAUCAUGUCACUGACAGUGGAGGACGACACUGCACCUCUCAUCACUGGAAGAACAGCUGAGGUUCAAGUGACCAGUAGAGGACAGCAGCGUUCACUUCCAGCCAGAAUCACACAGCAGCGCACAGCACGGCCUACAAACACCCGUAAAAGCUCUGCAGCUCAGAUUAUUUCCAGACCUGUCUCUAAACCCUGCACUCCAGAGCUGAGAGGUUUCCUCCAUUAUAACGAGAGCUUGGGUCAGCUGCUCCACUGCAACGGAGUCUCCUGGAAAGCCUGGGCUGCUACUGAUGAGGCAGUGAACGCUCAGAAGUGUCCACAGGGAUGGACGUACUGGAGCCACCAGUGCUAUAUGAGUCCAGAGAUUAAAGCCACAUGGAGCGAGGCUGCUAGGACGUGCAGAGAGAGCUUCCAAGCAAACCUGGUCAGUGUUGUAUCAAAGGCAGAUAUGGACUGGUUGUGGGACUUUAAUGAGAGGAAGCCUUUCUGGAUAGGCUUGAAUGACCGGGAGGGUAAAGGUCGUUGGGAAUGGGUGGGCGGAGAGCCCGUCACUUACACCAACUGGAGGCAGAGUCCUCCUCGAACCCGGAAGAAAGGGAACAAGAAAUGUGUUUUGGUCUGGAAGAAGACAAAAUGGCAAAUACGAGACUGCAAGACAGGAAGAAAGCAGCGCUAUGUUUGCUACGUAAAAACAUGAGCUUUAAAUCAUCUACACUCUUCUCACUUUCAGUCUGAGAAUACAGAAUGAAAGACAGUGCACUCAGUAAACAGUCAACCAGCACUCUGUACAUGCUGGACCUCAAAUAUCACAACGCACUGACUUGACCCCAGUUCUUGUAGUACUGCAGCUCUAAAGUGUUUAAAUGAAUAUCAGAGAUGUUUGAGGCUGGUUGCAGAAUGGAGGAGCUCAUACACGUUCAUGUGGCGUAAAUUGAAACAAAGACUAUGUAUAGUUUAUGUAUAUUGAAGUUAAACAUGAUUUUGGUCAUAGCUUUUUUUUUUUUUUACUGUUAGCUGACAUCUUUCUCUAAAGUUACCCUUAAUACUGUUUUUUUUUUCCUUAGGUAUAUGUUUGAGUAAAAUGAACAUUAUUAUUUUAUUCUGUAAACUAUGGACAACAUUUCUCCCAAAUUCCAAAUAAAAAUAGAGCAUUUAUUUGCGGAAAAUGAGAAAUGGCUGAAGUAACAAAAAAGAUGCAGAGCUUUCAGACCUCAAAUAAUGCAAAAAAAACAAGUUCAUAUUCAUAAAGUUUUAAGAGUUCAGAAAUCAAUAUUUGGUGAAUCUUGGCAUGUUCUCCUCCACCAGUCUUACACAUUGCUUUUGGAUAACUUUAUGCCACUCCUUGUGCAAAAAUUCAAGCAGUUCAGAUUGGUUUGAUGGCUUGUGAUCAUCCAUCUUCCUCUUGAUUAUAUUCCAGAGGUUUUCGAUUUGGUAAAAUCAAAGAAACUCAAACUUUUUAAGUGAUCUCUUUUUUUUUAUAUGUAUAUGUUUGAUACACAUAUUUGUAUAUAUUAACACUGGAAAUCUGAUCUGGUUCAAAUAACACAGUUGUAUUAAAAUAAUUGUGCUUUGCAUAAUUAUACCAGACUCAGCAUUUAGUAUUUGUUACAACUGUCUCGUCCUCCAACUGUCAUUAAUGGCUGGAGCUGGAAACAAAGUUUACAUUAUCCGUUAAAGCACAGAUGUGGAGUUUGCUUGUGUAAAAAUAUUAUAUAAUAAUAAUCUUAAGCUUAAAUGCCAACAUGUGUUGUGUUGAGCACUCUUACCACUGUUAUACACCAUAAAAACUAGGAUGGUUCAGAGCUAUGCAGAUUAUGAUAAACCUGCAUUUUGUGUCGACACUAAAGCUGUUCUGGAUUUUCAACUCUUUUAUACUGUAAAUGUUCACUGUGUUCAUUGUAAUAAUUUUUUUAGCAUAUUUAUUUUAUGUUAUGUAUGUCUAGUACAUGUAUGUUAUGAUGUAUGAGUUCAAUGUUUUAUGAGCUUGAAUUAAUAAUGCAAUGUAAUGUGCCAUUCAUUUUUCAUUUGAAUUAUUAAACCAAUUAAAAAUAUUAUCAAUACCAAAUUGUAGUUUAUCUGUAUACUAUGGGCCCUAUUUUAGUAAUCUAUAGAUGAGCCAUCAACCACACACAGUGCAGCUUAAUUUAAGGUGUCAGUGUGUCUUUGCUAUCAUAACGACGGGAAAAGUAUGCCUUGCGUAGCUCAAAAUGCGCAAAAGGCAUGUACUAAUCAUCUUAAAUAAUCAUGGGUGUGUUUUGGGUGUAACAUGAAUUAAACCAAUCAGUGGGCC